UUGCUGGGUGUUGUGAGACACACUUCCUGUUUCUGUGGCAGGAAGAACAGAAGGAUGUGCAAAAUUAAUUUUUUCAGAUGCUGCAGAGUGCAUGACGAACGUUCAACACACAGCUUAUGUGCACUGUUCCAGGUCACAGAAAGGAGAUCUUAGGAGUCAGGCUUGCACUAAUCAACAUACUCAAGAUCAACUCAAAGAUCAGUGGGUUACCCUUCCAAGACUUCUCCUGAAGACCUGCCUGAAAAAGACCUGAAAAAUCAGCACACCACAGACAAUAGACAGACUGUUAAAAUCCACAUUCUUCCAGCCAUGAAGGAAGAGGAGAACAUCCUUGAGUUUAGUAAUAUGGACCAUGAUCCACCAUUCACUGUGACAUCUGAAAACACAACUCAAAAAGCUUCAGGAUCAAAAGUAGCCCCCCCAGUGGCACCAAGACCUGCUUGGUUUCGUCCGAGUCUGAAGAAAAUACUAGAUAAUCAGAAUCAAUGGAAGCAAACAAAUCUUUCAGCAGGUAUCAUCAGAAGCUAUGGAGGCAGGUCUACCGCAGGUGCAGUUAACAUGUCUAUCAAACAAAAGAUUCACUCUUUUGAAAUGUUUUCUAGUUUGGAAGCUCAGGACAAAAGAGCCAGCAUUAGAUCUACUCCUCUUUCCAACUCACUUGCUUUGAUAGAAAAGGACUCUGCAAGUCCUUGCCAUUCUUAUCCUGCCUCAGAUAAAGAUGAUGGCAAGAGUAAACAGGAUUUCCCACAAGUGAUACAAUCAGACCAGUCCACACCUGUUGUGAAUGAGAACAUCUCUGAUCCACCCUCUGGCAUUACAUCUACCACUUACAAUGAUUAUUGUCAAACCAAAGCCAAGUCCUCUGAAGAUCAUCUUUCUUGCAAUGAGACUUCUAUUAAUAUCCCACCUUCUGAUACUAUCAGCACUGAAAAUUACUUGGUGAUAGAUGAUGCUAAUUUGGCCUCUGACCCUACAAACAGUACAUUUCAACCAUCCAAACAGGAAUCUGAGUUAGAAAAAGUGGAUAUCAGCAGGUCCACAGAGAUCAGUGUCCAACCUUGUGCUUCAUCAGUAAGAAUAAAUCAAGAGGAAGCGGUAAACGAUUCAGAUGUGAGUUCUAGAAAUGACUCUGGGGAGCUCCUGAGAACAGCUCAGAAUGCUUCUCCCACCACAGAAGGGCAGCUCCAGAAGAGCAGGGAUGAAGAACAUUUUGGAAAAAUCAUUGCCUUCAGUAACCAGGUAACCUGUUACAAAGUUUCACAAGCAAUAAUGCGCUCCCUUCCUACUUCGAACGAUGGCAACCCACAUUUCCAAAACUUCCCUGACACCCCACUUAAGGAUGUUGGUAAUCCCCAAGAGUCUGAGAUGCAUAGAAUCUGCACAAAUAAGGCAUUCUCUGUCAGCUUAGCCACUCUGAGUGAAUGCACCAUUGAGCAAUCAGGGGGUAGCUUUGACAGAGCAUCCUGCAUUCACUCUGUCAUCUCAGUCAUCCCUUCUCAGGAAAUACAGAAGAUGACUGAGGAAAUUAAAGCUUUGGAUGAAGAGACACUGAAGCAACUUGCGGACAUCCACGUCGUGAUUCUGCACAAAGACGUAGGAGCAGGGUUAGGCUUCAGCAUCGCUGGAGGAUGUGACCUGGAGAAUAAAGCUCCAACAGUGCACAAAGUGUUUCCCUGUGGACUGGCAGCUCAGGAGGGCACCAUUCAAAAAGGAGAUGAGGUUUUGUCUAUAAAUGGUCUAACACUGCGUGGUGCCAAACACAUGGAUGCCACUGCUGUUUUGCGUCAGGCCCGCAAUCAAAAUCUUGCUGUGGUAGUCAUCUGCAAGAGAACUGAUGAAGAGGGCAAAGGUGGAGGAAACGGGAGAGGAGAGGAAGUCAGUGUUCCCACAGGGGAGCAAGAAGCUCCAUUGAGCGUUGACGUGGAGAAAGGUGCUGGUGGGAUUGGCUUUUCUUUGGAAGGAGGAAGAGGAUCAAUUCAGGGAGACAGACCCUUAGUCAUCAACAGAAUAUUCAAGGGUGGAGCAGCAGAGCAAAGUGGUCUGCGAUGUGGAGAUGAACUUCUACAGGUUAUGGGAGUGAGUCUACAUGAUAUGACUCGAUUUGAGGCAUGGAACAUGAUAAAAGCUUUACCAGAAGGCUCUGUUACACUUGUAAUCAGGAGAGCACAAGUAGCAAAGGCAUGAAAGUCAUGCAGCACCUUGCAAAACCAAGGACACAUUUGAUCACAUUUAUCACAUUAUACUCAAAAACCUAAGUGUAUUUUGUUGGGAAUUCAUGUGAUAUGGAGGGGGGAGAACAAGUAUUUGAUACACCGAUUUUGCAGGUUUUCUCACUAGCAAAACAUGUAGAAGUCCUCAAUUUUUAUCAAAGUUACUCUUUAACUGUGAGUGACAGCCAACAGGAGGGCUUCUUGAAAAAGAAGAACUAACAGGCCUGUGACAGCCAGGAUUCUUACUGGUUGUUAGGUGAUCAAAUACUUAUGUCCUGCAAU